UUGAGAGCCGUAGCUCAUGCUUUCCAUUUGGCCAUGGCUCCUCUGUUCCCUCGCCCGGGCAGAGUGUCAGGUGCCCAGGGCGGAGCACACCAUGUACCCCCCCUGCGUGGAGGGCUUUGCUGUGCCGGAGGGGGGCUCUUGCACCCCGCUCUGCGUGCCAGGCUACACGCCAUACGAGAAGAAGCUCACCUGCAACAACGGCGCACUCAGCUUGGGUGGCAUCAUCCACUGCCAGCCCGACUGCGCAGCACCUGAGAUUCAGGGCACAGACGCGCCUUGUGCAGAGGGCACGUCCAUACCGGAAGGCGGCAGCUGCACGCCGGUGUGCAACGGCAGUGUGCCGCUGGACGAGCGCCCGCUCCUCUGCCGCAGCGGGCAGCUGUCCCCGCCCAGCUUCGCGUGCCGUCCCUUCCGGUGCCUCCAAGCGCCGGGGAUGUUUUCGGACGCCCAGCAUCCCAGCACGCCGUUUGCGGCACUCAAGGGUGCGGUGCCCUUGUGGAACCAGACGUUCCCAGAUGGCGCCGACUACCCGGCCGAGGCGGUCUGCGACUCUGCGGCAGCUGCUUCUGUGGUCAGCGGCAAGGGCUGCAGCACCUGCUACGGGCCCACCACCACGGCGCACGCGGACGCAGUCGGUGCCCUGCCGCGCGGCGGCGCGCGGCUGCUGCUGGGCUUUGAAGCCCGGGAGGGCCGGCGGCUCGCGAUUCAGCUGGAGGAGAUCCGUGCAAGUUGGACCAUGGGCUCCGGCGGCGUGCAGGAGGAGGCGGUGGCCUUUUUCCCUGAGGACUUUGAGCCGAUCGCCGACGUAGUGGUGUCGGAGGAGGAGAGGCUGGUGCAAGGCACAGAGUUGGCUGCUCCCUUCGUCAACGACUGGGGCCAGCUGGAUUCUGGACCUGAUCCCAACAGCGUGAGCAGCGCCAGCGCGUUGCACGUGCAGAGCGCCGCGGCCUUGCCGCUGCCUAGACCGCCGGGCGCUCUGGCGCUGGCUGCUCUGCGGCUGGUCUUCAGGUACGUCAUCCCAGGCUGCAGCGCCGGUCGGGAGCACGUGGGCGGCGUGGAGAUGUCGGUGGCUCUGCAAAGCCUCCUCUACAACCUCUCCGACUGCCCACAGGUGGGGGACGCGGAGAGCUGCCGCGCCUCGUGCGCCUCGGGCGCGCCUGCAAGCGUGGAGUGCGCGGAGGAGGGCGGCCGCUUCGGCCUCGCCGGGUGCUCCGCGCCCUGCGCGGCGCUGCCGCCGUUCCAGGCGCAGAGUUUUGACGGUGUCGCGGGCGCGGCGGAGGUGAGCUGCGCGCAGGGGCCUUCGGUGGAGCACGGGGAGAGCUGCAGCCCCGUGUGCGAGCAGGACAUGAUGCCAGACGUGUCGGCCCUACUUUGCAACGACUCGGUCUUCGAGCCUCCGUAUUUCACCUGCUAUCCCAUUUGCACUCCGCCGGACGGAGGUCCAUUUGCGGCCGCGCUUCCUUGCGCGGAGCUGUCGCAGCAGCCCAGCCUGGGGCAGGGGCCCUGCCACGCGCGCUGCCUGCCAGGCUUCCGCCCACGCUGGAGCAUCCCCAUGGAGGGCCCCGUAUCGCCGCCAGAGCUGGUUCUGAACUGCAGCAACGGGCAGCUGGUGCCGACGGACACCUUCGAGUGCCAGCCCAUCUGGCUGCAGAUGCUGGAGCUCGCGGCGGAAGCUGCGCACACCUGGAGCUCCUUUGCUUUGGGCGACCAGCAGGUGCUGCUGCGCGCCUUUGCCGACACCGAGUUGCGCCUCACGCGCGGCUGCGAGCUCUUCCUGCUGGAGCCGCCGUCGCCGAGCAACACGUCCCUGCGGCUCCGCAGUCUUGGGCUGCCGUUCGAAGCCAUCGAUGUGGCGCCGCUGAACGUGGGCGACGCGCUGCUGUUGGUGACCGUCACGUUGCGGGGGGUAGAGGGAGCCUGCGCGCCGGUGCUGCGGGUGGAGGCGGACGGCGGCUUGAGCUUCAGUGCCGCGGGGCAGCUGCCUUUGGCGGAGCUCCCCGGCCGCGUCAAGGCGCUGACCGUCGACGGCUCCGGUUGGGUCUUCGCCCCCGGCGCAGACGGCCGCGGCGCCGCCGGCGCCGCCUGCGGCAGCGGAGCGGUGGCUCCGGAGCUGCCGGCGGUGUUCGCGUGGAAUGGGUCCCACUUUGAGGAGUUCCAGCGCUUGGGGGCGGGAGCAGUGUCCCUGGAGCCCUUCAUCUGGGAGGAGCGCAUCAUGGUCUUCGCCAGCGCGGGUCAAGAACCUGCUUCUGUCUAUUCCAAGGGAGUGGAGAAUGAUACCUUCGUGGCGCACAACCUGAGCACAGAUCUGAGCGGUAUCUCAGAUGCUGUUUGGCUCGGCUGCGCUCCCGACACCUCAGGCCCGGGCUGCUUACCGGAGCUCGGGGCGGCCUUCGCGUGGAAGCUGGCGGUGCUGCGGUUGGAGCUGAGGGAUGGCGGCACGAUGGGUGUGGAGGAGCUGGCGUGGGCGCAGCUGGACGCAGCGGUGCGGGAAGUGUCCGUGAGCCGGGCGGCCGCGCUGGAGGAGGUCUUUCUAGUGACCUCCACGGCCUCCGGAAGCAGCGCCUCCGUCUUCGUGUGGCGCACGGAGCUGCGGCUGGUGCAGGAGUUGCCGCGUGCGGACUCGAGCCUUCCGCUGAGCGUGGGCGACAGCCUCAGCCUGCUGGUGACCAGCGGGGCCGACGAGUCAGGCCACCACGUCUCCCGCAUCUUCGCCGUCGACGCCGACUUCGCCUGGUUUUCCGGCGAGUGGACGGAGUGCAACGGGACCUGCCGCGGGAAGGAUCCCGUCUUUCGGCAUCGCGAGGUGGCCUGCCGCGGCCUGCCCAGCGGUCUCCGGCACGAGGGCCUUUGCCCGGGCGACGCCCCGCUGGCGGCGGAAAGGUGCAGCGUGGAGCCCUGCCUCGAGGACUCUUACCGCUGGUCCGUGGGUGCCUGGAGCGGCUGCCAGGGCCUCUGCGGCCGCGGCCUGCGCUGGCGCAACGUGAGCUGCUGGAAGCAGCCGCUGGACGGGGCAGGCGGCCCGGAGCUCGCGCCGGACGCGGCCUGCACCGCCCGCCCCAUCUCCGAGACGGGCUGUGCCCUGAAGGCCUGCGGCAGCUUCCGGCUCCGCAACAAGGUGCCGCUGGCCAAGGCCUGGCACGUAGUGGAGGUGGCCUUCUAUGUGGACAUCAACUGCAAUCAGCAGGUGCAGGGCGAGGCCGUGGCCUCGGGCCGCUGCGGGGAUUGCGUGUGCCAGAACUCCGAAAAGCAGCUGGGCCCCUGCAGCCCGGAGCUCGCCUUCGAUGGCUACUGGGACCCCUCCCGCCUGCAAGCCCAGUGGAUUUCCCAAUGCGUCUCUGGGCUAGCAGACCCGGCGUGUGCUCCGGGGGAGGCAUGGAUUGGCCUACAGGUGCACGCAACGAGCGAAGUCCGAUGUGUUCGGCUCCUGCAAUCUGCGGAUCCAGACUACAUGUCGCGCGAGGUCUCGCUGGAAGCCAUUAAUGCGGAGGGGUUGUGGGAAGUCCUGGCAGAGUAUACCAACCUGCAGGGCGCCGUGAUUGAAAACGGCACCUACCGCUGGGACGAGCUGCUGGUGCCGCAAGCCUGCUCGGCCGCGGUGCAUUGCAGCGGCCACGGCAGACCUCUAGGGCUUCCUGGGAGUUGCAGCUGCGAGUGCCACGAAGGCUUCGCGGGGCCAACCUGCAACAUUUGUCGUACAGGUUACCUGUCGUAUCCGGACUGCGCCCCCAUGCCCUCCACAAGCAUUGCCUGGCGCCUGGUUGGCUUAGGCCAAAGAAGCUGGCACGUGCAGGACGUGGCCUUCUUCGAGGACGCCCAGUGCCAGGCGUUGGCCUUUCCGAUGGCCGGGGCCGAGUUCCUAGCCUCCGAGUGGCAGGAGUCGGCGAACCUGGCGGUGUCCCCGGCACGAGCCUUCGACGCGGCUGGCGAAGGCACCACGUGGAUUGGGAACUGCGGGGACAACUGCACCAAGGACCCCUGGGUGGGCGCACGGCUGCAACAGGCGGCGACUGUGCGGUGCGUGCGGCUCCUGCAAAGCGGCGGCUCCUUUGGGGCGGAGGAUGUGGCGUUGGAGCUUUGGCUGGGAGACUGGCGAGAGGGAGAUGGCGAGGAGGAUGCGAAUGGCAGCAAUGCCAGCAAUUGGAACGACAGCAAUGAACAUGCGAGUAAUGAAAGCAAUGAGAACCUGGGUCUGUUCAACAGCACCAGCAGUGGCCGCUGGUGGCGCGUACGCACCUGGCCCGAGCUCAGAAAACGCGGCAGACCCAUCACUCUUCAGUUGGCCUGUGACGUCGGGCUGCCGGCUGACAACCAUGUCCUGCAUGACUGCAGCCAGGAUAAGCAGCCAUGGCAGCAUUGCAAAGCCUGGUGCGAGCCGGGAUACACGGGGCCAGAGUCAUCUUUCUUGUGCCUGGAUGACUACACCUUUCGUGGCAUCACCCCUGCCUGUGUGCCGAAUGAAUGUCGCCUGGGGAUCCCCACGAAGGUGGGCCUCGUCCUCGCGGAGACCUGCGGCGGCCUGCGCACGGGGCAGAGCUGCACUGCCAGCUGCGCCAGCGGCUUCGUGGGGGAGGCGCUGGAGUAUAAGUGCGAAGCCGACGGCUACCUCCGGGAGACCAAAAGCGGCCAGGCUGGGGUGCUGCCUUCCUGCGAGUCGGCGCUGACUCAACUGGACGCCGAGAUGACGGGCAGCGGCCGAUCCCAUUGGGCCCUGCCAUGGUUCGUGGCGCUGCUGACGCUUUGACGCUUUCCGGCCUUUGAGUUGGCCGAUCUGAAGGUGGGAGCGCGACUCGGCCCCGGAGUUGGCCGAUCUGAUCUGGGAAUGGAAGGAGCGGCUGGUGUGACGUGUGCCCUGGUGCCGCGACUCGGCUUGGAUCCGAUCAGAUCCGGAGCGCUACGUGCAAAGGGCUCCAGGAAGCCGAGCGAUGCGAUCCUCGAAGCCGGCCGCUGGGGAUGGAUCACAGCUGACUCAGAGUCGGGGAGUCGAAUGGGACGUGUCACGGAGGAAGCGAUGGCUGUGGCAAGCGGCAAGCGGCUGCAUGGAGCUUUUGCAUGGAGCGGUUGGCCUCGUUCUGCAGAUUCACCGGUAGCCGAGAGCCUGCCAGGUUGCAGCUUUUAGAUGCUGCAACCCACGAUCGCCGACAAUCGCACCCUGGGAUUUCACAUUCUUGAUUGGAGGAGGCCGCUGUCUCGUACGAGCAGAUCCAGGCCUGAGCAUCGCAACGCCUGCUUUCACCAUCAUCACAUGUACAGAGCCCAGGCGGCCGCCAGCUGUAAUCCGCUGGGUUUCCAAG